UUGAAAAACAUCUUUUUUUUUAUUAUUUCAAAGCUGAAUGGUUUACAUUUAUAUCGUCGACUUUUAUUUAAUGUUAAGCUUAUAUGCGGCAUAUUUCUUAGUCUCACUAUCGUUUCUACCGUACUCGCUUGUGCGUUGUGGGAUUUUCAGCGUCAACCUCUUCUCAGUAAUAUGUUGUAUAUGGGUAUGUUAAAGUUAACUAACAAUAUAGCUUAUGUAAUAUAUUUACAUGAAGAAAUCUCUUGCGCCUUCAAAUACGAGGUGCUAUUUUAUUUCUUUAUUUACGUACAAGCCAGAAUUCACAUGGAAGCGCAAUGGGCCCCUCCCAUUAGAAUAACAGGUUUAUAUACUGUCCAAUAUCACGCGUGA